AUGUCAGACAUAUAUGCUCAUCCAGAAGAUAUAACAUUCCCAGAAGAAAUACCAGAGUCCAAAAAGGUCAUCACGAUACCUCCAGCGUUGAAAUACAUCACAUCAUUACUUUAUGGAUCAGGAACAACAUUAUCACUAGUAUACAUCUUAUUAAUCUUCAUCGUUCAACCAUUGUUAAAGGUUCAAUACGAGAGAAGGAAUGAAUUAGCUGCAUUUGUGCUAAAGCUAGCAAGAGAUCUAUUAGUCACCCUGAAUAAGGACACAAAAUUACCACCAGUCGCAAUCAAGAGAGGUGAGAAAUAUUACUCAGAUGCACAAGUUCAAACUGAUGAAGUUAACACAAAACCCUCCUCAGUCUAUUUUGAAGAUGAGAAACCAGAAAAUGAAAAUCUCUUAAAUGAACGUUUGAAGAGUUUGAAGCUGUGCUUACAGGACUAUAAUAGAUACCAUGCACAAAUUGAUGAAUUGAAUCCACUGACUUUCCAAAUCAAGAAAUUUCAAGGAAGAAUAGAUGCUUAUAGCCAGGCCAACUUGCUAAGAAUAAGAGGCCAAGCAUCCAAUGAUACAAUCACAAACCAACUAAAACAGGAAAUCAGAAGUAUAAAAGGUUUAUUUUUGACUGGUCAAGUAUAG